AAUUUUACUUAAUUUAAACAGAAAUAGCUACAUGCAGCUAGUGACUAUUAUACUGGACACUGCAGAUCUAUAGCACUGUUAUUGUCUAAUAUUAUUAGAAAAACAACAAUCAAUUACAGAUAAUAAAUAAAAUAGAGCGAGGCGGCCAAGUUGGUUGCUGGCGGCGGUCGUGGGGAGUUCGUGCCAGGCUAAGCAGACGCAGAGAUGCAGAUCUUUGUGAAGACCCUCACAGGCAAGACCAUCACCCUUGAGGUCGAGCCCAGUGACACCAUUGAGAAUGUCAAAGCCAAAAUUCAAGACAAGAAGGGUAUCCCACCUGACCAGCAGCGUCUGAUAUUUGCCGGCAAACAGCUGGAGGAUGGCCGCACGCUCUCAGACAACAACAUCCAGAAAGAGUCCACCCUGCACCUGGUGCUGCACCUGCGAGGUGGCAUUAUUGAGCCUUCCCUCCACCAGCUUGCCCAGAAAUACAGCUGGGACAAGAUGAUCUGCCGCAAGUGCUACGCUCGCCUGCACCCCCGUGCUGUCAACUGCUGCAAGAGGAAGUAUGGCCACACUAACAACCUGCGCCCCAAGAAGAAGGUCAAAUAAGCCUCUUCCUUCCUGGAAGGGCAGCCUUCUGCCCAGGCCCCAUGGCCCUGGAGCCUCAAUAAAGUGUCCCUUUGGUUGACUGGAGCAGCAAAAA